AAUCGGGAAAGUCGGCGAUAGAUUCGAAGACCAUUGAAGCCGCUUAGCCGGGAUCUUACAGCAGUAAUAUUUAAAAAUGUUUUAAUGUUAUUAAAAAAUUCAUUUAUCCUGGAGUGAAAAAAUUUGUCCCGUUAUCACAUUAUAUCGCCUGCUUUUCAUAUCUCAAUCUUCAAAUCUUUUACACGGCUGUAAUAAGAAGAUAUAAAAGCAUAUUGUAUUAGAUAAAAGCAGCAUUCCAGAUUACUCGGGGCACAUAUUUCACGUCUCAUCAAAGCUUGGACAAAAAAUACAGUACCGAUAAAAGAAAAUACCAGAAAACCAAGAAAAACAUUUGAAAAAUUAUUUCAGUUUCUAUACUUUCACGGGAGUAAACCUAAUAAAAUGAAUUUUAUAGAAGAAUUACCAAAUGGGCCCCUAGAUGUUUAUAGAAAACGGGCAAGUUUUAAUUGGAAAUUGCUUAAGUUGAAUUUAGAGGGCGAAGACUGCAUAAUAUCACAGGCAAAACUAUGGAAGUUUAUAAAAAGUAAUCCAGAGUUUCAACAUGCAAAUGAAUCAUUAUCAUUAAAUGCUACACGUAGGAGGUGUUACCGACAAUUAAACGCACUUUCCAAAAUUGAGGGUGAUAUAUUUGAUGCUUGGUCUCACUGGUUAAGACUUUAUGAUCCUUCAAUCGGACCAUUGAGAAGGAUAGGUCAAAGUACUAUAGCUGAAGGAAUUCUAGAUUUGGGUACCGAACGCCAUCGAGAACUAGCGCAAAAGUUCUUUGACGUCAGGUUCAUAGGAUGCCUGGGCUUUACGGAAAUAGCCCAUGGAUCAAACCUCAAAGGUUUACAAACUACAGCGAUCUACAAUCCUCAAACAGAAAGUUUCAUUUUAAACUCGCCAAAUUUCAAAGCUGCCAAAUGCUGGUCUGGUCUUUUAGGCAAAAUGGCAACACAUACUCUUCUUUAUGCGCAAUUAAUUACUCCAGAUAAUGUAAAUCAUGAUCUGCAUCCAUUUAUUGUUCCAAUUCGAGAUCCCGAAACACACCUACCACUACCAAAUGUAAUUAUUGGUGAUUUAGGUGAAAAAAUUGGUCUUAACGGAGUUGACAAUGGUUUCCUAAUGUUUAAAAAUUAUUCUCUUCCCAGAAGAAAUCUGCUGAAUCGAAAUGCAGAUGUAUCAAAAGAUGGAAAAUAUAUUGCGAUUAUGGAAAAUCGAAGCCAGUAUUUUGGAACAUUUUUAAGUCCACUUGCCACUGGUAGAAUGGGGGUAACAAUUCAUUCAACAAUGUUUUCGAGACUUGCUCUAACUAUAGCGAUUCGAUAUUGUGCAUGCAGAAAACAAUUUGGACCGCCCGGAAAAGAGGAAUGGCCAGUUAUAGAAUAUCAAGUACAGCAAACUAGAAUCUUUCCUCAUUUGGCAGCUUUGUACGCCUGGACAAUAUUUGGCUACAAUCUUCUCAGAAUGAAAGAAGCAGAAUCGAAAAAAUUAAAAGACCAAAAAAAUCUGAUUGCCAAAAAUUUGGAAAUUCAUGCAUUGUUAUCAGCAGUAAAACCUCUUUCGACUUGGACUACCCAACAAAUUAUUCAAGAUUGUAGAGAAUCUUGUGCUGGUCACGGUUAUUUAAAAGCUUCUCGUUUUGGAGAAAUAAGAGACGCAAAUGAUGCAGCUAUAACGUACGAAGGAGAAAAUACAGUUUUGAUUCAACAAGCGAGCCAGUGGCUUCUGAAACAAUAUGAUAAUUUUCAAAACGGAAAGGCUAUUGCAUCUCCCUUUGAAACUGCAAAGUUUAUACCAAAUUCUGAAUACAUUCUCUCUCUCAAGUUUAAUUUGUCGACAGUCGAGGAUACUUUCAAACUUGACCAUCUUUUACUGAUGCUUAAGUGGCUAAUUUGUUAUUACCUGAAAAAAACUUAUAUUCAUGUGAAGAAAAUGAAGAUAAACGGAAGUAAUUCUUUUGAAGUGAGAAACAAUUCCCAAACCUACUUCGCUCGACCACUUUCCUUGGUUUAUGCAGAGCAUGCAGUGGUUGAAACUUUUAUCACUCGAAUUGAAGAUCGAGUUUUUGGAGACUCAGAACGUAAAGUUUUAACAAAAUUGUGUGCAUUGUUUGCUGCCUGUUCCCUUGAAAAAAGACUGGAUGAUUUUUAUGUUGGUGGAUAUGCAUCUGAAAAUUCAAAACUCCAGUUUCUAAUUCGCGAUGGUAUAAUUUCAAUUAGCCAAGAUUUGGUAAAUGAAGCUGUGGCUUUGAUUGACGUCCUUGCACCUCCAGAUUUUGUUGUUAAUUCUCCUCUAGGAAUGUCUGAUGGCAAGAUUUACAAGCAUUUGGAGGACAUUCUUUUCAAAGAUCCAAAGAACUUUGAACCUCCUUCGUGGUGGAAGGAAAUACGAUCUAAUUUGUAAUAAAAUGAAAAUGAAAACUA